AUGAAGUUAAAAUUAAAUAUAACUAAAAAAAAAAAAGGAUUUGGAGAAUCGAUAGCAGAAAGUUUCAAAUCUUUAUCAAAUAAAAUAUUUGGAACUGGAGUUGAUAAAUACUUCAAAGCAAUUAACGCCGCUAUAAUAUUAUUAUUUAUCACAAUUUUAUAUUACAUACACAAAUUUAAAUCAUCAACUUCAAGAUAUAAGAACAUAAAAUUAUUAUAUAUGUACUAUGGAUUUUUAGUAUGCCUCACUGGAUUAACCAUAAGCAUUAACUGGAUGUAUUUUGAGCAUACAAAAAGUAAAAAAAAAAAUAGAAUUUCAUCAUUAGAUGUCAAAAUGGCGUAUAAAAAAAAAUAA